AUGGCCGAGACGCAGCCGCUCUGCAAGCACGACCCGUGGGCCUACGCGCUCGUGUUUCCAAACGACGACGCGACCGUCGACGCGUCGACGAUGACGCUCCAGCCAGCCGCGCUCGAGAUCCUCGGGCGGCUCUACAGCGCCGGCAUCGAGACCAAGCUCUUCCACUCGGCAAGUCUCUCGACCGCGACCAAGACGCCGUCGCUCAUCAUCUGCAAGCUGCGCACGACGCACGCCUUUUUGGCGUCCGAGGCCGCGCGCAUUAACCUCCCGAUGCCAAUGAACGCGGUCAAGCUCCGCGCCAUCGCCGAGUCGGGCUUCAUCGGCACGGACGGCCGCCUCAUCGAGUCGUUUGCGAUCGCGCAGCUGGCGACAGACACGUACACGCCGUACGAGCACAUCCACAUGAAGUACGACGUCGCGCCACACGCACAAGCGCUGUACGAGCCGCACAGUCAUGAGCAUUUCUUCUCGUCAACCAAGCGCCUCUUGCUCCUCGAGAGCCUCAUCGUCAACGUCGCGCAGCUCAAUCUCGAGGCGCUCAAGGCCCAAGGCGUGAUCCUCGACUGCUUUCCGCUGCACGACGACGUCGAGCGACCUCUCUUGCGUGACGCGCUCACGUCAAUGACGUACAUGACGUGGCACACGCCCGUGCACGCAGUCAAAAACUACUUUGGGUGCAGAAUCGGGUUCUACUUUGCGUACUUGGUGUUUUACUCCAACUGGCUUCUCAUUGCGGCGCUCGUUGGCCUCGGCGUCUUCCUCCUCGAGGCGUCCAUCAAGACGCCGCUGCUGCACUUCGUGUCGGGCAAUGCGACCGCAAGCUUCUACCUCAUCCAAGUGUACACCGUCCCGCUCUUUGGCGCGUUUGUCGUGCUCUGGUCGACGCUCUUUCUCGAGAGCUGGAAGCGCCAGACCGCGACGCUCGCGCUGCAGUGGGGCACGACCAACAUCGAAGAAGUCGAGCAAGUCCGGCCGUCGUUCCAGGGUGUUCCGGCCAGCUGCUCGAUCACCGGCGCCCCGAUCAAGUACUUUUCCGAGGCUGAGAAGCUCUGGCGCCAACUCGUGUCGUGGGCGAUACUUCUUGCGCUCAUUCUGGUCGACAUGGCUAUCGUGGCGCUUGUGUUCUAUCUACGCUACUACCUCACGCAGACGCACCCGACGUGGUGCAGCGUUACGAUUUCGGGCCACGAGCUGAGUUUGAGCUCGCCGAUUUGCUCCUGUGUCAACGUCGUCCAGAUGAACCUCAUGUACCGCAUCUACGACCGCCUAAGCCUCCGCAUGAACGAGUAUGAGAACCACGCGACCGACUCGGCGUACGAAAAUCACUAUCUCGUCAAGAGCAUCCUCUUCAACUUUGUCAACUCGUACAUGGCGCUCGUGUACGUCGCGGUGCUCAAGAAGCCGAUCGAAGGCAAAUGCUGGGAAGACGACUGCUUCUGGGAGCUCCGCUACUCGCUCAUCAUCAUCUACGGCGUCCAGAUCGUCGUUGGCAACGUCAAGGAGGUGUGGGUGCCACGCUUGUACAACAAGCUCCUCGGGCACCGCACGGUCGCACGCUGCGAAGUCGACCUCCGGUCGCGGGCUGAGCAGCAGUUUCUGCAGACUGAGUAUGGCUGGAAGGGCUCGUUCGACGACACCCUCGAGAUGGUCCUCCAGUUUGGGUACUCGACCUUCUUUGUGAUUGCCUUCCCGCUCACGCCGCUUCUCUCGUACGUCAACAACGUGAUUGAGAUCCGCGUUGACGGCUACCGGCUCACAGUCGACUGCCGCCGGCCGGUGCCCCGCAACGCCGAUGGCCUCGGGCUCUGGGUCGACGUGCUGGAGAACAUGGUGACCUUCUCGAUUGUCUCAAACGCGUACGUGAUCUUCUACACGCACGGGUACCUCGGCGACGUCAUCGACGUGUAUCUGUGGCAAAACGUCAACCGACCGUACUGGGACCUCGCGCUCUUUGUUGGCUUUGUGACCAUCGUGCUUCUCUUCCGCGCAGUCCUCGCCAUGUGCAUCGACGACGUGCCAGCUGCUGUCGCCAAGCAGCUCAAGCGCCAAGCCUUUCUCGUUACCAAGGUCCUCGACCAAGUCGUCGCCGACACGGACGUGGCCAAGCGCCGGGCGAUCACACCGGCGGCGCUCACGACACUCAACAUCAUCCACGCCAAUGAUUCGGAUGGUCAUGGCUCGUACGGCGCCGUGUAA